AGACAAUUGUAUUCACUGAGAUUCGAUCAUCAAGGCCUUCUGGAUGUGUCGACCUUGACGUUCCGCUAUUGACACCUCGCAGAUCUGGCCAACUCGCACCCGAAGCGUUAUGUUCUCGGCUGGAUUCUCAACAGCCAAAACUCCAGAAAUGAGCAGAAACACAGCCAAAUAUCCCCGCCCUACCCUGGUAGAGGAGGGUCACCCUCCUGCAAAGAACCCGGCCCAACCAGAGGAGUACGAGAGAAUACAACGUAAGCAGCGCGCAGAGGCGAUCCUUGCACAGUAUGAUAUACUGAUGAAGUAUGCUGUGGAGAACAAUCUGUCAAUACCCCAAACCCGACAGUACUUUAGAAAGGUCGCCUUGGAGAUCCCUACGGAACCCGUCAUCAAGAAUUGGUUCCCUAGUUGACGCGGCAUGCUGAUAGGGAUUCGGUGGAUGGUUCAACAACAGCCGCUGGGGGUAAUCAAAAAGGGCACACUGGGUUUCCUUAAGCCAAAAUGUGUAGCAGAAACAGAACGUGGAAUCCCAAAAGUUUGAGGGGUGCUGUGAG